CUUAUUCUUUGUGUCUCUCUCCUCCAGACCCCAGAUGAUCCAGCAGAUGGAGGGGGGUGCCGCUGCUGCCCCCGCCCCCAACCCUCUCUCCGAUCUCUCCUCCCCCCUAACCCCUCCUGUGACCUCUGACCCCCCUCCCUCUCCGUACCCCCGGCCCUCUGCCAGCCCCUCCAUCAGCGAAGACCAGUUUGGGUGCCACUGUUGCUACGACGUCCUGGUCAACCCGACAACGUUGAACUGUGGUCACAGCUUCUGCCGCCACUGCCUGGCUCUCUGGUGGGAGUCGAGUAGGAAGACUGAGUGCCCCGAAUGCAGGGAAAAGUGGGAGGGCUUCCCCAAAGUCAACAUCCUGCUGAGGUUAUUGUUGAUGCUCGGUGAUGAGGAGCUGACCAGAGCUCCCUAUAACAUAGACAACCAGGCCCACAGGAGAGCCAUGAUGGCUGAACUGGAGAGGAUCAAGGAACUGGGGGUCAAGCCACCUCAGAACCUCUGGGAAUACAAGGCUGUGAAUGCAGGUAAAUCUCUGUUCCUGCUCUAUGCUUUGAAGAGUUCUCCUCGCCUCACCAUCCUCUACCUCUACCUCUUCGACUACUCCGAAACCUUCCUCCCCUUCCUGCACACCUGCUGUCCCGCCCUCUCACGCACCAGCGAGCCAAUGGAGGACAGCCUCCCCCUCAACCACCAGGGGCACCCCAGCUGGCGCCAGUGGGCGGAGUUCCUAGUUAAGUACCUCCUCCUUCCGUACCAGCUGAUCGCUGAGUUUGCCUGGGAUUGGCUGUCGGUUCACUACUGGACGUCACGGUUCAUCAUCGUCAACGCCGUGCUGCUGUCUGUGCUGGAGGGCUGUGUCCUGUGGAGGUUCUAUAACCGAGCUGAGAUCAGGAGUCUCCCUCAGAAGAUGUGGGGUCACCUGUGGAGGAUGUCCUCCCAGGGUUUUGCCUUCGCCCUGUUCUGGCCGGUGGUCCCUCAGUUUGUGUGUAACUGUCUGUUCUACUGGGCUCUGUAUUUCAACCCCAUCAUCAACAUAGACCUGGUGGUGCAGCAGCUAAUGCACCCGGACACACGGGGGCCGUGAAGGACUGGCCGGCUCCUACGAAGGGCACUAGUUCUGAGUCUCUAUGGGGUAGUGCACUACUUCUGAGUCCCUAUGGGGUAGUGCACUACUUCUGACCAGAGUCCCUAUGGGGUAGUGCACUACUUCUGACCAGAGUCCCUAUGGGGUAGUGCACUACUUCUGACCAGAGUCCCUAUGGGGUAGUGCACUACUUCUGACCAGAGUCCCUAUGGGGUAGUGCACUACUUCUGACCAGAGUCCCUAUGGGGUAGUGCACUACUUCAGAGU